AUGUCGCCAACAAACACUUUGGCAGUUUUGGCCUUCUUCUGCUAUGCCAUUUCUUUUGCAUUCUCUUCUGACCCUGACACACUUCAAGACCUUUGUGUAGCACUUCCUUCUUCAGGUGUUAAGGUUAAUGGGUUUGCUUGCAAGGUUGAGGCAAAUAUCACAGAAGCUGAUUUCUUCUUUGAUGGUCUAGCUAAACCUGGUGUUAUCAACAAUACACUUGGAUCUGUGGUUACUGCAUCCAAUGUGGAAAAAAUUCCAGGUCUUAACACACUGGGGCUGUCUUUCUCAAGGAUAGACUACAAAGCUGGGGGACUUAACCCACCUCACACACACCCUCGUGCAACUGAGAUUGUGUUUGUGUUGGAAGGUGAAUUAGAUGUGGGUUUUAUUACCACAGGCAACAAGCUCAUCUCAAAGUCCAUUAAGAAAGGUGAAGUCUUUGUGUUCCCAAAAGGUUUGGUGCACUAUCAGAAGAACAAUGGAGAUAAACCUGCUUCUGUGCUUUCUGCCUUCAACAGCCAACUUCCUGGAACCUUGUCUAUAGCUGCAGCUUUGUUUACCUCAACACCACCUGUGCCAGAUAAUGUGCUUGCUCAGGCCUUCCAGAUUGAUAUUAAAGAGGUUGACAAUAUCAAGACCAAGCUUGCUCCUAAGAAGAGUUAA